UAUCAGUUCCUAUAUGACCGGGCUUCCCUCCACAGGGGGUUCAUAUACACACACGCACACACACACGGACACACACAGGCUGGACUAGAGACAAAGAGAGAGAGAGAGAGAGAGCGCCACCAAAUGAAAGCGUGUCAGCGCAGAGGGCAGCGCGCACACUGAGGAGGGUUUUUUAAAUCCCACAUUUUUAUGGAUCUCGGCUCUUAAACACUUGAAGACUUUCAAAUAAACAUGCGCUUCCUGGGAGUCUCUCUUUUACUCGCGUACCUUCUCAACAGCAGCCCCGCCAGCGACGUGAGCCACAACGACUAUUACGAAUACUACGAGCAGGAGCAGCUGGAUGAGCCGGACUCUCCACCUAAGCCAGACAUGGAACAGAGGUUGCGUUUAGCCUCCAGUGUUGAUGAGCUGAUGGGUCUCAUCUACCCUUCGUACUGGGCUGCGCUGAAGUGCAGUUCCAAACUCUCUGCUGCUGCUGCCUCUUCGUCCUUCAAACUCUCCCAGCGGUCACAGGCUCGUCCACUCAGGCCGCUGGUUGAUACAGAGGCGCCAACAUUUGCUGCUGCCUACCUCAACUUGGAUAUCUUGAAAAGUAUAGAGUCAGAGUGGAGGAAGACUCAGUGUGCUCCCAGAGAAGUGUGUGUUGAUGUGGGAAGGGAGUUUGGUGCUCCUACCAACGUCUUCUAUAAGCCGCCAUGUGUGUCAGUCUACAGAUGUGGAGGAUGCUGCCAUUCUGAGGACAAACAAUGCAGGAAUAUCUCCACUGGUUACCUCAGCAAAACUCUCUUUGAGAUCAGAGUGCCAAUCACCCAAGGGACCAAACCAGUGACCAUCAGUGUGGCCAACCACACCCAGUGCAGCUGCCUGUCCAAACUGGAUAUCUACAAGCAAGUACACAGCAUCAUCAGAAGGGCUUUGCCUGAGUGCCUAUUAGCCAACAGGACGUGUCCUCCUGAUCAGACCUGGAGCAGCAGGCAAUGUCAGUGCAUCAGUGUCGCUGCCAAUAUGCAGCUCAAUCCUCCAUCAUUGAUGCCCCCAAGGCCCACCCAGCAGCACAGCGACAUAUUCUCAGCAGAUGUUUGUGGCCCAGAUAAGGAACUGGACAUGGAAAGUUGUCAGUGUGUGUGUCGCCAAACUCAUGACUGUGGCCCUAACCGACACUUGAACCGCAAUACCUGCCAGUGCGUUUGCAGCUUGCCACCUGGAGCAUCCUGCCCACAGAACCAAAUCUUCAACAAGGAGACCUGUCAAUGCACAUGCAACAAGACAUGCCCGAGGCAUCAGCCCCUCAACAAGACAAAGUGCUCCUGUGAAUGCAAUGAGUCACCAAAUAAGUGCUUCCUAAAAGGAAGGCGGUUCCACCAAGCCACAUGCAGUUGCCUCAGGGCUCCCUGUGAAGUACGAAGGCGAAGGUGUGAACCAGGUUUCUUCUUCAGCGAGGAAGUAUGCCGCUGCGUUCCAUCCCACUGGAGAAGGCUAGACUAACUUUCAGCUGAUGGGACGUUAACGAGAUGUUAAUAAAUUAUAUAAAACUUAACCAACAGAAUUCAUUACCCAUCCCCUUCAGACCUGCUGGUCAUAAGUAUCCCUGUCUGAUGUGAGGGCAGCUACGCGUGUGGACCCUGGUGAAUGUGGGAAACCUUAGUGAUUAGAAUGGAGAUGUGGGAAACUGGUGAUUUAGAGGGGAGAAAUGCACUGAUUUUGAUAUGAAAACAUUUUUAUGGGAGAGUGACUGAUCUGAAAUGAAAAUUGGAAGGAAGGACUGACAGAAGCAGAGGACACUUGUUUUAAAAUAUUUUCUAAAGAAUUUCUUCAGUUUUGGGGGAUCAAUUAUGUCUGUAUUCACAUGUCAGAUAUUGAUUAUAUAAUUU